UGCCUCUCGGAAACAAGCAGAGAUGCUGCGUUUUGAUGCUCGUGCAAGAAGUCGACCAUAAGCGUCAAACAGACACGAACUAUGCCGCAAAAUCUGUCUGGAUAAUGAGGAAAUGACCUGAGGUGUGAAGAAGAUGUUAGUGAUGAUGGAGGGAAUCGGGGCGAUGAGGCUUUACCUCAUGAAAUGGAUUUGUCUGCGCUGGGCUUGGGUUUGUCUGGCUGCUUGUGGUGGUAAAGUGGAGUUACAUACUGAAAGGAGAGGAAUGAUCUACAGUCCAUCAUGGCCCCUGAACUACCCACCCGGAGUGAACUGCAGCUGGAACAUACAGGGAAACCACGGAGAUGUGAUCACAAUCAGUUUCCACAGCUUUGAUGUAGAGGACACAGGGGACUGCAGGGGUGACUGGCUGCUGCUCGGCCCCACAUGGAAAACAGAGUAUCGGUUCUGUGGCUCUGCUCUUCCUCCUCCCUUCAUCUCCUCCAGAGGACGAGUCUGGGUCUACUUCCACUCUCAGGCCAACGGUUCCGGACAGGCACAGGGCUUCAGAUUGUCCUACAUACGAGGUCGGUUGGGUCAGAGCAGCUGUGAGAACGAUGAGUAUUUAUGUGGAAACGGUAAGUGUGUUCCACGUUCUUGGCGCUGUAAUGGAUUGGAUGAGUGUGGAGACAAUACAGAUGAAAGAGGCUGUGCCCCACAACCCACACCUGCCCAAGCAAGUCUGUGUCCACCAGGAACUUUGCAGUGCUCUGAACUCCAGUCCACCCGCUGCCUGCCAGUGUUUCUGCACUGUAAUGGAGCCCGGGACUGCCCCGAUGGAUCAGAUGAGGCUCACUGCCCUGACACUUCCUGCGGAAAACACUUUGUCAACUUCUAUGGAACGUUUGCAUCACCUGACUUUUUCCGUCCAAACAGGAGCCUGGGCACAGAUCUUCACUGCACAUGGUUCCUGGACACACAAGACCCAAAGCCGUUGGUGCUGCAAGUGGACCUACAGCUGGGUGUGGGAGACUCAGUGCAAGUUUACGAUGGUCUGGGAGAGCGUGCAGAACGUCUUCUGCAGAGUCUCUCCCACCAUAACAACCACAGACGUGCCUUGCUGGAGUCUUCCCAGGGACAGAUGAGCGUAUUGUACCACGCUAAACCGCACAGUCCUGGACACGGCUUCAAUGCCACCUACCAGGUUAAGGGGUAUUGCUUUCGAGGUGAGCAUCCAUGUGGCACAGAUGACGGCUGUUACUCUGACCUGCAGCGUUGUGAUGGCUACUGGCACUGUCCUGGAGGACGUGAUGAGAAGGACUGCCCACUGUGCCAGCCAGGCGAAUAUCCCUGCGAGGGUGGCAGUGGGGUGUGUUACCCAGCCUCUGAGAGGUGUAACAACCAGAAAAAGUGCCCAGAAGGCUCAGAUGAAAAGAACUGCUUCGACUGUCAGCCUGGAAACUUCCACUGCGGAACCAACCUUUGCAUAUUUGAGACGUGGCGGUGCGAUGGGCAGGAGGACUGUCUCGAUGGCAGUGAUGAAAGAGACUGUCUGGCCUCCGUACCCAGGAAAGUGAUCACAGCAGCUCUGAUUGGCAGCUUGGUCUGUGGCCUGCUGCUGGUCAUUGCUCUUGGAUGUGCCUUUAAACUAUACUUGCUCAGGACAAGAGAGUACAGAGCCUUUGAAACCCAGAUGACCCGACUAGAGGCGGAGUUUGUUCAGAGAGAGGCUCCACCCUCUUACGGUCAACUUAUAGCUCAAGGACUCAUUCCUCCAGUUGAUGACUUCCCUGUGUACAAUCCCACACAGCCUCGUUUUCCCUUCUCUCAGGCAUCUGUUCUACAGAAUCUCCGUUCAGCGAUGUGGAGACAGAUUCGCCGUCACUCGUCUCGUCGUUCCUCAUCAAGACGCCGACUUGGAAGCCUCUGGAGCCGACUGUUCCAUCUUGGCUCUCGGUCACGUGGUCAGAUUCCUCUCCUCACACCUCCUGGCCAUGCACACACAAACACACACACAUUUUUGAGCCUCCACAGCUACAACACAGCGGAUGGUGGCACAGAGGAGGGGCAGGAGGGUGUGGGGCAGACUCUGUCUCCCUGUUCCACUAUGACGCUGGGCUUAGCCCUGCAGGCUCACAAUGAGGCCCUCUGCUUUCCUGACAGAGAGUCGCCUCCCUCUCCUCUCUCUCCCCCCUCCCCCGCCUCACCCCACUCCACCUCUGACACCCUGGAGGAUGAAGAUGUUGAAGAUAAUGGUGAUGAUGAUAGAUGUUUAGAACUGUCUGGGACAAGAAUGAGAUCCAAACCCAGCACUCAAGACCCUUCCCCUAAACAAAAAGACAUUGAGAGUCCACCUGGAACUCUUGAUGGCCCUAAACACAGCACAAACAGGUCCAGAGCCUCCAGAAGGUUUGUGCAGGACCUGGCUGCAGAGCUCAGAGGAGUAUCCCUCUUACAUUACACCUCUGUGGGUAUCUCGCCUCUUUCUUCUCCCGAGUCACCAACAUCCUCCAGUGGUCAGUCUGACGAGCGGAGACGUCUUCCUAUACCCAGACGACCACAAACAGAUGCACACACAGACUCAAGUCCUGUAGAGGACACCAGGAAAUCAUCAGGAACAGAAGAUAUGCCCGGUGACUGUGUCAGGCUUUGCAGACUCAGAAGUAGAGAGGAAGAGGAUGAUGAGACUCUUUUAGUCCACUGAGAAGCAUUUAUAACUCUCCCUAUUCUGAAUAUGUGCCAACAAACUAGGCCUUACCAGGUUAAGUGAAUAGCAUUCAGAUUCAUACAAGCAUUUUAGGUCCAGAAUAUUUGAUUCUUAUGCUCUGUCAUAGUAGAACAUGUAGGAGUGGACCUCUGCUGAGAUACAUGUUUGUUGUCAUACUUGAAAAGAUAAUCUCAUAGUUUCGGCUCUAGCAUUCAGUAAUAAAUGAUUGGUAGAAAUCAGCAAAAAACAUUAUGAAUGUGGCUAUAAUGUUCAUGUAUUUGGUAUUAGAACUGAGCAUAAAUACUUUUCCAUGUGGAAAUAUAUUAUAACAGAGACUUUGUAUCUCAGCCGCUAACAUUCUGUUAUGGAUAGACUAGCAGAGCUCUCCUCUCACCUCCUCAACGCCUUUUAAGUGAUUCACUGUGUCGCCUCUUGAGUGAAAUACUGUUGAAUUUUAUUUGUAUCAGAGCACCUUUCAUAACCAGCCAGUGGUCUUCGAAUGUAUACUACAGUUUGCUACAUACUCUGGUUGUGAAUGUUGGUUGCAUUCUGAACAUUAUCUGCAUUAUUGGAUUUUAAGGCCUCAUAAAAUAUAAAGGUUUUAUACCCUAUAUAAACCCUAAAACCCCUCAAAUAUAUACCCUAAAACGAAUGCUGGAGCUGUUUCCUGAAUCAUGUUUUGGCAGUCUGGUUCCAAACUAUUAUAUUAUGGCAGGACCACCAUAGACAUAAAUCAAUGUUAAGGUUUUUCCCCAUGCAAAAGACAUUGAGUCUUAAGGGAAGUAGAACUCAGGGAAUGUAUGUUUAUGAGAGAACCAGUUAAAGGAAUAUUCCUAUGUUCAAUUUGUAAAAAUUGGAAGUUAUAGUGAGGCAUUACCGAUGGAAGUGAAUGGGGCCAAAAACCCUUACAAUAAUUCUUCUGUUAAAACUCAUGCAUUAUUUGAGCUGUAAAGUUUUUGAAAUCAUAAUUUUACAAGAGUUUAGAGUUUGUAGACAUUAUAUUGUCAUGGCAAUGAGGUUGUAAAUUUGGCUUUAACUUUACACAGAAAAGGUUAGUAAGUGAUUUUAUGACACAUAUUGUUUAUGUCUUGUGUCUAUACUUUUGAAACAGUGAGUAUUUUAACGUUUACAGAUUGGCCGUCAUUCACUUCCAUUGUAAGUGCCUCACUGGAACACAGAUUUUUGUUUUUAAGAGAAGGAAGGGUACAUCAAAAUACAUUUUUGUUUUAAUCAAUAUUAUGCCACAAAUGCUGUUGAAUGAGCUUAACUUGUAUUGAACACGGAUAUUCCUUUAACUUAACUUCUGUAGAUGUACUCAAGAGUUGUGAAGCUCUUGAGUAUCAGGAUUUUCUAAAAUCACAGAAUAGUGGAAAAAUAACUAAAUAUCUUGUGUGUUUGAGCUUACGCCUGUGUCUUCAUCAGCUGUAAAAGUUGAUGUCUUUGUUUUUCAUAUCUGCUACAUUGGUUAUGUUUACAAUAUCAUUCAAAUUAAUGUCCAUGUUCUUGUUUGCCAGUAAGAUUAUGUGGCUCACUUUUCCAUGAAUUUAUGUGUCUUCUGUAUAAUGAAAAAUCCAAUGUAAUGUGCCACAUAUGUCCAACUUGCUGCUUUAGGACAUUCUGUCCUGAUACUGGCUUGCAAAUGGCAACCAAUACAACUAAUAAGCUGAAUGAACAGCCUGUUCUUUCAUCUCAUUGUCUGAGUGCCUAUUAUUUCACAUGUCUCCAUCUAACAUGCACCGAAUACAGGAUCUCUUUUCUGAUAGGUCCAAGAAUGUGCCAUUUCAGAAAUGGACAGUUUGUAGAUUUGCAGGAGGUAUUUUAAUACAAUAUGAGGGGUUUAGAUUCAAUGUGCCAUUUGGAGAAAUCAUGCACUUUCUUUCAAUUGAAAUGCCUGAUGAUAAACAUACAGCAAAUAAUUAAUUACUUACAGCAUCUGAUCCGUUCAUAUGUUACUAGUAUGGAAGUGAGAUAUUUUCUCGUGUAUUUUAAUAUCUUCCCUGCUGAAAAGACCAGCUUAACCAGCAUUAAUUUCCCAUGCUGUUCUAGACUGGCUUAUGCUGGUCUAUCUGGUGGUCUUUCUUGUUGGAACACAACAAAUGCUGGUGACCAUGUAUAAUAUUGUUUUUCAGCAGGAUUGGUGAGUCAAUUAUGUUCUAUUCAAUCAGACUUUCCUGCAGUGCCCCUCCCUCUUGCAGUUUCUGUGUCUUUCUGUGUGAAUGAAGCACUUUACAGCUUGAUGCCUAUUUUCAUUUUGAAACCUAUUUGUCUCAGAUCCUAACAGGGUCAAACUUCUAGUCUCGAGUCAUGAUGGUUUCUUAUAAAUACUUGUUUUUAAAUAGUCAUGUAUUUCAGCUGGUUGAAUGUCUCACUUUUCAAAAAGAUUAUCCAGCAAGUGAUAUUCCUUUUUUGGAAGCAGUGUAGGUUUCAAGCUUCAUACUUUAUCAAAGAGAUCUGGAAUUGAUGGC